GGACACGCGCAUGCGCGCGCCCCGGGCGGUCGCGGGCGGAGGGGGCGGCUCCUCGAGUGUCGGCGACCCGAAGGCCGAGCCGCAGGCGGGCGGCAGGUGCCGCGGCCGUGCGCCGCUGCCUCGUCGCGCGUCCCCGCGAUGAGCCUCGUUUCACGGCCUGCCCCUGCCGGCUGCCGGUCCGCGCGGACCUCACCGCGUGACCUGGGCCUCGUGGCGUGGCGGGCCCCCGCGGCGCGACGCGGGCCCUGAGCGGGAGCGGCGGUCCCUCCCGCGGCCCAGGCCUCGCCCGCCAGCGCUCCUCGAUGUCUCCCCGGCGGGGAGGACGCUGCCUGCGACACCCGCCGAGCGGCGCCCCCCGGAGCGCCCCGCUGCCGCCCCGCGGGGACGAUGAGGGCGGAGGGCGCCGACCACUCGAUGAUCAACCUGUCGGUGCAGCAGGUCCUGAGCCUCUGGGCCCAUGGCACGGUGCUGAGGAACCUCACGGGUGCAGCAGUGGCUGGCAUCUACAGAGUGGCUGGGAAGAACAUGGCCCCCCUGGAAGCCCUGGUGUGGGGUGUGGGGCAGACUGUACUGACACUUAUCAUCUCCUUUUCAAGGAUCCUCGCAACACUUUGAGUUCUGAGGGAAUGUCUUCUUGACUAAGGAAAUGGGUGUACAGAUUCCCGGAAGUGCAGUGCUAACCAGCUGAAAUGAAGUGGUACAAGCAGGGAUCCAGCAAGUCAAAACCUAGGGAAGACCCUGAGCUGUGUGGAAAGCCUGCCCUCUGGCGUCCAAGCGAUUGCACUACCGCACUGCACCUUACGUGCCUCCAUCCCAGGCAAGGUGCAAGAGACACUAUGUGAAGCCGCAAGAAAGAGCACCUUGUUUAGCUGCCAAUCAGGUUAACAUUGGUGUUGAAAUCAUCGUUCUCAACAGUGUUGUGUUAAGUUACAGAAACGUUUUGAGAUUGAUCUAUGUGCCAAACUUUCCUUUCUGUUAACAUUGAUCAUGUGACAGUUUGCAAGUGUAGAUGUAGGGUGAGUGCUGUGAAUAUACUUGACAUGGAUUCAGGUAACGUAGUCAGGCUUUGUUUUGUUAUGUUAACUCCCAUGUGAAUGUCAGAUACUGAGCUUUCAAUACUAAGGAAGGUUUGGUUUUAAAGCUGAGUGUUUCUGGGACUUGGGGUUUUAAUAUGUCUCUGUGUUGUUAUUUAAUUUAUGUGAAAACUACUAGUCUUCCUAAUGGAGGACUAGCUAAGCUGUUCUACAGAUUCAGAUAGACUCGUAGGGUGCACACUUUCCAGUAACCUACACCUUUAAUAGUUUCCCUCAUAUAUCAUAUUCUAUAUUUAUGGAUCAAACCUUUAUGAGUCAGACACAUUGUCACUUGUGUGUCAUAAAAUAUAAUUUACAUUUUUCUUAUACAUUUUGUAAGAAAAAGUCUGAAAUGCAUGUUGCAUUCUUCAACCCUUCAAAACGAGUUUUUUGCCUCCCAAAUUUAAUUCUGGAGUACUGCUUUGAGAGUGGCCUAAAUUAGGCUCUGGGGUUAAGAAUGCUUCGUUUAUAGAAAAAUAAUAAGUACCUUACAUAGGAAGAGCAGUAAACUGUCUCACUCUGUGUAUGUGGCAGGGUUGGAAUUAUACUUCAGGAAGACUGGGGGACUAAGUGUACUUCAGGAAGACUGGGGGACUAAGUGGAUUGUUUUCAAGUUGGCAGUUAGUCUGAGUAUAUCAAAACAGCGCAGAAUCUUUAUCUAAGGGGAAUGUUAGGCGUGUGAUUUAAGUUUGUGUUUCUAAGUUAUUACCUUGGUCUAAAAGAGUCUCAGAUCACACUCAUUAGCAGUGGAAAUGUACUUUGUUUAUAAAAUGUUUUAAGAGAUUUAGGAAAACACACAGUUGUUAAUUACAAUAUUACAAAUACAAGAAGUUGGGAAAGUACAAACCCUGGUUGAACUGUGUGUGUGUGUGUGUGUGUGUGUGUGUGUGUGUGUGUGUGUGUGUUAACCAAUUGUAAUUACAAAUGUGCUAACUUAAGGGAAGAUCCAUUGUAGAAAUUAUGAAUUUGUAGGUAAUCUAAAAAAUAGCAUAGCACCUUGAGCUCUUUAACUUGAUUUGGUUUAAGAAUUAUUACCCAUACCCCCUUUUCUCUAACAAAAAGAAUCUGUUUUCAGUUUUUGGAGGAGCUGCUCUUGCCAGUGCAUCAGCCAGUGCAGACUUACUAAUAAUGUGGCUUGGAGAUUUAACAACCCAGAAAUCAACCAAUAAGCAAACCUACAUCCUCAGAGAUGUUGGAGAGCAAGUCUGAGAUUUGCUCCUCCUGUUGUGCCCAGGCCUGCUCUCCUACCCCACCGCCCAUUCUUUGUAGUCUUGCUGCUUUCUAAACUCAAACGUGAGCAUCUUUUCCAAAUAACCCUGGUUCUCCUCUCCUGUUAGGCUGGCCUCUGCUCUUAUCAGCAACUCGGAGCUUGUCUUGUGUACAGAACAAAUACCUAUUUUAACAUGGUUAUUUUAUCAUCUAAGAAAGUUAUCAUGUUUGAAGUAAUAUGGAGCCUGUUGUUCAAAUCUAAAACUAACUAAAAAUUCACUUGACACAUUGAAUAUUUGAAUGAAUGGGCCAAAGAGAUUUGGGCUUGUUUCAUGCUCUAGGAUGAAAGUCUAAGAGGAUUAAUCACCACUUUACACACUGUCCUGCAGUCAUCUCCUUGUCAGGCUGGUUCGCAUUAAGGAUUGUGUGUGUAUGCACUUCCCAUGUGAGGGCAUUUGUAGUUUCUUUACUUAUUUCCGUUGGAAUUCCGUGUAACUAUCACUCCUGUAUUUUGAAGUGCAGUGGAGUAGUGUGGAUCAAUGAAACCGUCUAUAUAUCUGCUUAUUUGGCAAAGUUCUCAAGCUGUUUCUUAUAGAGACAAAGUGUUUAAUGAAAUAUAUAUAUAUACACAAGUAUAUCACUCUAUACAUAUAUAGAUAGCUAUAUAUGGAUACAGACCAAUUGGAAAGCUUUGUUUGAUGAACAUUUUCCUGUUCUACUGGAGAAAUUGGUAUAUUUGUUCAGUUAAGUGAUUAAUCUUUUAAGUAGACUGGAGGGUAUUUAAGGAUUUUGCUGGAGACCCUUGAUUUGAACCUGACAAAAGCCCUCACUGACAUAGUCAAUUCCAUUUUCUUAAAACUUCAGCCACAGUUGAGUAGUACUUUUUCUUCUUUAGCACCAUGGCCUCACGUAAGCUACAAGAGAAACCUGAUAACUUUCCCAGGAAGGAGAUGGAGGACACGGGCUGUGACACAGUUCUGUUGGCUUCUCAGGAGACAAGGUUAACUUAAAUCCUUGUGUAUCUCAUCCAGUGUUAAGGUCUCACCCAGGACUCUUAGUAUUUGCAACAUAGAAUUCCACAGCUCCUUUUCUAAGCCUUCAGGGGAUUUGUUUGUGAAAGGAAGGAAAUAAGAUGUGUAGUGAGGAACAAGGAUGACUUAAGAUCUGAGAAUGCUCUAGGAAACAGUGCUCCAGGACCUUUCAUUCCCCAUGUGGAAGGAACGAAGGCUGGCUGGCUGGCUGGCUGGCUGGGUGGCCUCUGUGAGUUGCCCAGGCUGGAACUCGAUACCUAGCUCAGUUUGGUGAGUUCUGUUCUGUCGAUCUCCUGUGUACAAGAUGCCUAAAAUAGGAAGAUUUCCUCAGUGUCAACCAGGAACUGGACAAUUUCAAACCCUAAAAAGGUUGGGAUAGUACCUUAUUGCUUCCUGAAACUCAUCCUUUCUCCCUCCCGUGACCUCAGUUUUUCUUUUUCCAUCUCAUCCUCUGAAUUGGACAUUUUAGUGUCUAGAUGUUGCUCUGAACUGGGGACAAGGAUCAUACUGUAAGCCAGUGGGACAGGCCGGAGUCCAUGCUCUGUCUGUCACUUCCUUCACUUUGGUCUGAGCAUCACUUAGCCACUCUCAGCUUCGGGUCUCACUUUGAAUUAUUAAUACCUCCUGUGGUAAACAGUGUAUCUGACAGAAAGGGCUCAAGACACUCAAUAGAACUGUAAAGUGGUAUUUUGCAAUACCCAUUGGGAUGGGGUUUUGUAAAAUUCACCUUCAUCCAUUUCUAAUUUUUUUCGUAUAUUAAAAAACAACCUUUCGUAUAAUUUUACUUUUUUUCACCUCCUCUUUGCCCCUUAAAACCAACAGAUAACUUUUCUUUUCUUUUUUUUUUUUUUUCUCUUUUUUCUUUUUUUCGGAGCUGGGGACUGAACCCAGGGCUAAAUCCCCAACCCCUACAGAUAACUUUUCUAAGGAGACUUGGGGAGUUGAUGGUGGUGGGUGUGAUGGGUAAAUAGGAAUACAUUACAGGUCUGGUCACCACUGGUUAAUGUAGAAAGAGUGGGUGUGGCCAGCAUGUCCUCCACAGCCAUUUCCUACCUGCUCUCUUUGGUUUGACACAGAACAUCAUUGACUAGGUCCCUUAUGCAAGUACUGCCCUUGUAUUAGCUCCUGCCCUCUGGUUACCUAUCAUCUGUCACUGUGAGCAGUGUCCGGUGUCACUGUUGUGUGUUCUCUCUCUCUCCCUCCCUCCUUCCCUCCCUUCAUCCCCUCCCCCACCCCCCCCACCCCUACCCCCUCUCUCUCUCCAUCUAACCUAAAAAAGUACCAUUAUUGUAAACUUGGGUAAGAAGGCUAAGAGCUCUUUCUGAAAGGUAUGUAGACAACAGUGCUCUUAACAUAGAAAAUAUUUUUUAAGAAUGUCUCAAAACAACGAAACGUCCAUAUUUAAUUUGUUUAAAAGACAUAAAGAAUGUGGAAACAUUACUGGGGAAUUUCUGAUUACAGAGAAGUAUGAUAACAUAGGGCUAGUAUGACCGGGUAGAUUACUGUUUCAUUUUACAAUCAGAGGUUAUAUUCUCAGUGGUUAGACUUGACAGUCAUCCAGUAGUCUCCUAAUUAUCCAUAAUUUCUCAUCCUUUGAAACUGUUCAGGAUAUGAAGGACAUUACUGGAUUUUAAAAUGUAAUGUUUUUUAAAUGUAUAAUACCAUUUGCAACAGGGAAAUUCGAAGGGGGAAAUUGUUAGAGAGGUUAAUACACAAAAGCAAAAGCAUAUAUGAAAAAAAAUUCCCUGUGCUGUGCAAGCAUGAUUCCUCCAUCCCGUUAAGACUGUAAACAACCAUGGAGAGAGAAGCUUGCUAAUCCAGUGAGCGUGGGCUCUACAAAACACAUGUGCUUUCAGUACGUUUUGUGUGUGGUGGAUCUGCCCUUGAGGUUCCUGUUUUCUGUAGGUGACCCAGUGUGCUUGGUUAGUUUCUGAAUUUGCCUCCCUUACUUAGAACACAACUAGAAUCUGUUUGGGAGAAAUUAAUGUUUCGUAUGUGAAAUGUUUUCAGGAAGCAGGGUGACUAACUGGCUACCUCUUUAUGAGGGUAAUGGCAGCUCUUACCUUUCUGAGCAAGCUGAGCUGAGAUACAGAAUUGUUUGUUAAUUUAAGAUGGACUUUCACAUUCACACAUUUCACAUGUAUGGCACAUGCAUUGAACAUACAUAAUGGCCUUUCUGUUUUCCCAAACUAAUUUAUUUAACAGUUUCUCUAACAAUCUCUCUCCUUUGUGUACAGUUCUUGAGAGAAGCUGAAGUACUGGUCUAGAGAGACGGCUCAGUGCCCUUGUUUAUGCUGUGGUCAUCUCAUUGAAAAGGUUACAUGGAAGGCACAGUGGGGGUGGGGGAUAGCUGAUCCAUGGGAUGCCCCUCUUUUCCUUUAGGCCAUAUCCUGUACCCACACCCGGUGUCCAGGCUCGGUGGUACAGAUACAGCCCUUCCCUUUGGGGAAUGCCUAGGUCUGUGCUCUAAUGCACAUCAUCUGGACCCCAUGAGUAGAGUUCUUCCCCUCCUAGACAUGUACUGGGGAUUCUUUUCAAGACAUUAACUUGUUUAGAGGCUUGUCUAAACAAACUAUAGCUUGGGAAUACUACUGAUGUUUAAAGGUUUGGGUUUUUUUUUUUAAAGUUUUUAAGUUUUAUAUUUUUUGAGAUAGUCUCACUUUGUAGCCCAGAUUGGCUUUGAGCUUGUGAUCCUUCUGUCUCAGCCUAUCAGGUACCAGGAUUGCAGGUGUGUACCACUGUGCAUGGCUCCUCCUUUUUAAGUCAAAAUGUUUACGUUUCAUCACUGAAAGUGGUUGGGAUAGAAUAGUUUUAAAGUUUCCUUCCUAGAAAGAAAAAUACUCUUGUCUGCAUAUAGUGUUGAUGAUAGUAGAUGUGUUUUCCAUGAAGAAAUUUAGAAACACCCUCACUCUUUGCCUGUACUCACCUUUACUCUUGAGCUCUACCUGUUGGAUGGACAAACAGGAAGCUCCCCUCAUGCUCAUGGUCGCCCUAUGAUCUGGCAGAACAUUCACCCAAGGUUCUAGCCUAAGUAUUAGCCCCGCCUUAAGAUGUCCCAGGAGCAGCUUGUUUAUACGCUACCAUGGCGUUGUGUAAGUAGGAUCCAGCACCUACUAAGAAGCAAUCUUUGUCAGCCCACUGAUGAACCAUUUAGCUAAACCACACUGUAACUCUUUUUUAAGCUAAAUGAUAUCUCAGUGCCUUGAAAGUUAAGAACCUAAGGGAGGGCUGGGGUUUGGCACCAAUGAGCUGGCUCUGUGCACUUCACCUACAGAAAGAUUCCAGAGCUUAAGGUGAGCCACUGAGACAAGUCCAGCUACUUAACUUUCUACAGUUCCAGUUCCAUAGAAGUUAGCCACUGUGACAGAUGACAACUGCUUUUACCACCCUUCACCACACGGGGGCAUUCUCCUCUUUCUCCUUUUUUUUCUUUCUUUUUUUCCAAGUAAGUAUGAAAUUAGAAAACUGUAGUCAAACAAAUUAAAUGUGGGAUUUUAAAGUUGAGUUUUAUGUAAACUAGAGAUUCCUGUGUGGACAGUGUUAGUUUAAUAUUGUAGUACAAAGGCAGACACUUUAUGUAACCUUUAGAAAUAUGUUUACCAUCAGGGAUUUAUUUUUACGAUAGAAAUACUAAAUGUACUGUGAAGUUUAAAGACAGGAAGGAUAGACAUUGGAGGAUGAUACUCAGACAGAAGUGUGUUUGAUGAACCCGCAUUAUGUGAACACGAUUUCCCCUUCUGUUACGACUAUAGACUACACUGUAUGAGGAUGUGUAUUGCAUGUUUACAUAAAACAAUUUCAUUUUGAAGGAUUAUUUAAACUGUGUUUAUAUGUAAUACCUAACAGGUUGUAAAUAUUGUAUACUAUUGAUUUUUAAUUUUAUAUGAGCAAUUUUUUUAUUUCCCAAGUCAUGUACAAAUCUCAUUGUGUAUAUAGCAUAACUCCCUGGAGACACAAAUUUUGCAGUGAAUUUUAAGUAUUUUAAUCGCAGUAAGCAUCAGGUUAGCCUCAGAGAUGCUGGUCCUUAUUUUAAAUUAUUUUUCACCACACAUUUUCUUCAAAGGGCAGCAAUAAACAUAUGCAAGUUACUUUGAUUCUUGAAAGUUGGCCUCAGAAGAUAAGAAUGCAGUUCAGUUCACUGCUGUAAAGGGAGACGCACAACUUACACCAUCUGCGUCUGGUCCCAGGACAACUUCCGAGAUCCAUCUGCACAUGGCUCUCCUCUUUGUAAUAUACAGGGUGAACUGCUGAAAACACACAGAAUAUAUGUUAAAGUGAGUCCAGCACUUCAAUGUCAUUACACAGAAUUUAUUGGAUUAAAGUUUGUAAUAUACAGUAUUUUAAUAAAGUUUCUGUAUUCAAUUUCAUGCACUUAUAUAUAAAUAAACCUGUCUUUAAAAACUUUA